CAUGGAUGUGAGGCAGAUAAUCGAUCCCCUUUGCAUCAUGACAUAUAGCACCAGCUUCUGGAGACACUGAGGGGAAACUUUUAUCUUCGAUCGAUCUGCGGAAGUUAAAAUCUGGAGGUUUGUUUUUCUCCAGUAAAGAAACGUUAAGCCCUCCUUUGCCCACCGAGGGAGUGCUCCUUUUGUCUCCGACGGCUCGGUUGUUUUUAUCGUGUCAACAUGGACAUGUACGGAUACAGCGGGGUCCUCUUGGUGAAAAGGUUCCUGGACGAUGGCGUUUUUGAAGUCACAAACAUGUCUGACAUCAACAAGGCGAAUCCUCACGGCUGCGAUAACGGAGCUCUGACGGACAGGUUCGGCGUCUUGAUCCAGGGACUCCUGGCGAUCGUCGCCUUCAGUACGCUGAUGUUGAAGAGGUUCCGGGAGCCCGCAGGGAUCAGACGGCCGUGGAGGAUCUGGUUUUUCGACACAUCCAAACAGGCCAUCGGCGCUCUUUUCAUCCACUUUGCCAACGUCUUCCUGUCCACGCUCACCAAAGAGGACCCGUGCUCCCUGUAUCUGAUGAACUUCCUGCUGGACGCCACGCUGGGGAUGCUGGUCAUCUGGCUCGCCGUGAAGCUGGUGUCCAGACUGGUGGAGUACAAGCAGUGGACGCUGCUCAUGUUCGGAGAAUACGGUGACCCCCCCCAGGCCGCAGCAUGGCUGGGUCAGUGUGGCGUCUACCUGCUCAUCAUGGUUCUGGAGAAAGGUGUGAUCAGCCUGGUGCUGCUCGUCCCCGGAUGGUCCAAACUGCAGGAGGUGUUGCUAAGCUACAUUGCUAACCCUCAGCUGGAGCUGGUGCUGGUCAUGCUCAUCGUGCCCUUCAUAGUGAACUCCAUCAUGUUCUGGGUGGUGGACAGCCUGACGAUGAGGAAGUACAAGACGAUGAAGAGCCUGGACGACUCGUGCGACGGCUCGGUGAAGAAGGCUGACUCGCUGCCCUGGGUGAACAGCGAGGAGUCGCGGGUCCUGCUGACCGUCGAGACGGACACGGACGAGGCCUCCGAGGGGGAAGAGGAGCCUGGCGAUGUGGGGCCGGUCCCUCACGUGCAGUAUUCUGGAGGACCGCUGAGACCCAGCUGGGUGGUGGUGUAAACGCAGGUGAUGUGACCUCCUACCUGUCUGUCCACACACACACACACACACAAACAACACAAAACAGCCUAAAUAUGAGCAAACCUUGCAUCCUUAUCUCCUCAGAUUAAAGGUCUAAAUAUCAGCUUCCUUGUAAGCAAAGGCACAAUUAAAGGUCAUGUAACCUGUGAAUGUGAAUACUACAGCCUCAGCUGCCUUCCUCUGCACCGAACUGGAGCUUCACUCAGCGUAUGCAUGGAAAUCAAACAGCAUUUAGGGAAUUAGAAGCUCUUUAUCCUCUCACCUUGCUGCCUCCGUUCGCUGUAAGACAACAUCAGAGUAACCACAACUGAGGGCGUGUGGAGAGAGAUUAUUACGGAGCGUGGCGCCCGCCGGCCAAUGUGUGCGGAUGGUGAUGACAAAGACUGGAAUAAAUCUGUCUUUUCACCACACUGGGGACUUUUGGGAAUGAUGUUGCUCUAAAGAGAGUCAUUUAUCACGUAUCAUAUUCCAAAGAGGAGCAAGCGAGUGAAGUAUAUAUAUAUACACACAUAUAAGUGCUCUAAGAUUUUCAAAUAUAAUCACUUCAAAUCCACUUUUUUAAUUAGUAAUUAUAGUCAUUCCUGCACGUUCUGCCUCUGGCUGCUCGUUUUAAGUUUGAAAGGUGGUUAAUGGUCUUAUUUUUUUAAACCACGCACAUCUUUUUGCCGCCAUCAUGACGGACCAAACAUGUUGAAAGUAGUGGUUAAUUGGAAGUUUUACAUCUUUGCAACAGGCUGCUUUUAAUAUAUAUAUAUAUAUAUAUAUAUACUGUAUGUGGGCAAGAAAUUGUUUCAUGUCAUGGUUUAAAACCAGGUUGUGUAUGAUGAAGUAUUGGAGCCACUGUUGGGGGGAAAACCCUGAGAUUUCCAGAAUAAUGAAUAUUUUAGAAAUGAGGAAAACGUCCCAUUUUUAUCUGAAAAAGUUGUAAUAUUAUUGCUGCGUGUUUAUAGUCGAAGAACAGUUGGACAUUGUGGGAAACCCACUUCUUUGCUUUCUUUACAAGAGUUAGAUGAGAAGAUUGUCGCCACUCUCAUGACUGAAUGUUAAAUAUGAUAAGCUAAUUAGCUUAGCAUAAAUACUGGAAACAAGGGGAAACAGCUAGCCUGGCUCUGUUCUAUCUACAAGUGGCACUAAAGCUCCCUAAUUAGCACGUUGUGUCUUGUUUGUUUAAUCUGGCCAAAAUCUGAAGGUUGGGGUUCACGAGGAUUUACAGGGGGACUAUUUUUUUGGUCGGGGAGCAGUGACUGAAGAUAAAUUAAGAUAAGAUAGACUUUAUAAAUCCCCAGUUGGUUGGAGAAAUUCAGGUAUGACAGGCAGCAGGUAAUGGCAGUUGGGAAAAAAAUAGCAACAGAAAUAGAGAAAUACAAGAACUUCCCAAGAAGACAGGCAGGCUAGCUGUUUCCCCCCGUUUCCAGUCUUUGUGCUAAGCUAAGCUAACCAUCUCCUGGCUACAGCUUCAUAUUUAGACUUCUUGUAGUCAUAUUUUGUUCAAAAUAUAACAACCCUGUUCUUGAAAUGUUAAGUCUUUAUACUGUACUUCAUGUUUUUUUCAUACAUUAAGCUUUUCUGGAGCUUACAGCUCUAUUUUCUGAAAAUAUCACGACUUUAUUCUCAAAAGUUUUCCCAACAAAAAAUACCCCGUCACAAUAAUACUCUCAGUGGGAUGGUACAGUAGCUCCAUAAUAAACUUUUGCAAGUUAUGGCACAUUUCUUUUAUUUAUUCUGUUAAUAUUUUAUAUGUAUUUUACUUUUAUAUAUUGUGGUCCAGACUGUGGUAACAAAGAUGGAGCAGGAGGUUUUUAGGGAAUAAAGCAGAUCACCAAACUGCAGGUGGUGAAUCAGCUCUGGAUUCAGUCUGACUUAAGUAUGUUAUUGAUGACUUUUCUUUAUGUAUUCUGCUGUUUAUCGUCAAGACAUGUUAAUAUUUACGGUUUGAAAGGUCUACAGUUUGUACGUUUUUUUUUUUUUGUAUUCUAAUGUAUCUUGUAUGUAUUGUUUUUAUAAACCAGAGUAUGAACAUGUGGAUAAAAUGGCACAGCAUGGCCUGAAGUGUCAUUAACGGGCUGCAAACUGCCACGGUGCUUCUUACCGAGUGUAUGUCUUUAAUCUGUGCUAU